GGUAUAAAUUAAAAACACAGUCGGUGAGGUGCAGAGCUGGUGACGGUACCGCUGAAGUUUGGUUGUUCACGGAUGAUGCUGGCAUGAACAGAAUACAGAGAACAAGAACAUCAGACGAACAUUAGCCAAUCAGAUACUUCCUGUAAGGUGGCAUCAAACUCACUGUCCAAUCACAGAGCAGAAUAUCUGCCAUUCGAAGCGACGACGGGGAAGCGCAUCGCCAUCACCAGUUACGCGCGUCUCAGAGGCUACGCAUUUGGAUAUCGCUGUUACAAAACUGCGUUGUUUUAUUUCGUUUGCACACCUGCUUUGACUUUAAACCCAUCCACAGAAGCGGAUUCGCCCGAGAUCAUCAUCAUGCCUGAUUCGGAUGUUAAAGCUCCAUUAAUGCACUCGGAUCCAGAGACAGUGGAGGACGUGUUUGAUCACACCUAUAAAGAGAAAGAGGGGCCUAAACCACCCGUCGUCAUAGUGUGGAGAAAUGUGGUUCUCAUGGGUUUAUUGCAUAUUGCAGCUUUGUAUGGAAUCUCCCUGAUACCAGUUGCAUCCAAACUAACACUGUUGUGGACGGUCUUCUGCUCCGUGUUCAGUGCUUUGGGCGUCACCGCGGGCGCUCACAGGUUAUGGAGUCACAGAUCAUACAAAGCGUCUUUACCUCUGCGGAUCUUUCUCGCCAUCGGCAACACUAUGGCCUUCCAGAAUGACAUCUACGAAUGGGCACGUGAUCAUCGCGUUCACCACAAAUACUCCGAGACGGACGCCGACCCUCACAACGCCGUGAGAGGUUUUUUCUUCUCUCACAUUGGCUGGCUGCUGGUUCGUAAACACCCUGACGUCAUCGAGAAGGGACGCAAGCUGGAGCUCAUCGACCUGAGGGCUGAUAAAGUCGUCAUGUUUCAGAGGAGGUACUACAAGCUGUUGGUGCCGUUUGUGUGUUUCUUCGUCCCGAUGUUUGUGCCGUGGUAUAUGUGGGGAGAGUCACUGUGGGUGGCGUAUUUCGUACCUGCCGUCCUAAGGUACACGUGGGUGUUGAACGCCACCUGGCUGGUGAACAGUGCUGCACACAUGUGGGGAAACCGACCCUACGACACCACCAUUAACCCCAGGGAGAACAAGUUCGUCACCUUCAGUGCAAUAGGUGAAGGCUAUCAUAACUACCACCACACGUUCCCCUACGACUACGCCUCCAGUGAGUUCGGCUGGAGACUCAACCUGACCACCUGCUUCAUCGACUUCAUGUGUUUUCUGGGUCUGGCCAGAGACCGCAAGCACGUGUCCAAAGAGCUGGUGCUCGCCCGCGCUCAGCGCACCGGAGACGGCAGUCACAGAAGUGGCUAAGCGCUCGCUUCACGUCCCAAAAAACUGACAACAUGUACACCGGAGGACGAUCAGCCCUUCCUUAGACGGGAGUUUCAACAGCGUUGAAGCUUCUGCUCUACAUUCAUACUCUGAUGUCAGACGACAAACGUUUUUCCCCCAGUUUAGCCCGUGACGCUUUCAUACAGGCAUUCGGCCCGUCGGUGUAGCGCUUAUUCUUACUUUGUUUUUGGCUUCUUCUCUACUGUAAUUUUUGAUAGAUUUUGACGCCCGCGUGCAGCUGAUGUGCCUCAUUGCAGGCGCUAAACGCAGCAGCAGGCCAACGAACCCGUGACCCUCCAGGGCCUUUUUGUGUGCACCCCGGGCGACCAGAUCUAGCUGUGCAAUUUGGGAGAAAUAAAAUAGAUUUAACAAUUAACCGCCGCACCUUAUUGUCGUUAUACUAAUUUAACGUUAAACCAGAUGCGUCUUAUUAUUGUCACGCAUCCUGGGUGGCAUCUUACCAAAUCUAGCUGCGCAUUUUGAAGGAUAUUUAACCAAAACGCAAGUAUGUUCAGUACUUUGUUGCACCUUACUGUGUCUGGACUAAAUUGAAUUGUAAGACCAGAUACGGUCUUAUUACGUUGACGUUGCGUAAGUGGCCAAACUAUUAUUAUUAUUAUUAUUUUUAUAUAUAUAUAUAUACACACACACUUGCACAAUUGGCUCAUUCUAAAGAGCUUUGGAGAAAUAUUUGAGUUAAAAAAUUAGUUAAUGAUUGUUCUUGCGGAGAACGUACUUUGGGGGGGGUUUGAUACUCGCAGUGCUAAAAUAGGCGACAGACGGGUGUGAAAACGCCACGUAAUUUCUGUGCUACUGACGGAAAUUGGGAUUAAUGUAUUGACGAUUUAAUUUACAGAGAGAAGUGUUAAAAAAAAAAAAAAAAUUCAUUUAUAAUUAAAUAAUUACAUUUUCUGAUAACACCGAAGACUGCGGAGAAUUCCGAAAGAUGUCUCGUUAUUUUCAGUGAGGUUUGCGAAAGCGUGUUGAUUCUUGACAAUUCAGUACUUUAACAGUAAUUGGUUGCUUUUGUAUUGUAACGAAUUGUGCAAAAAAAAUAAAAAUUAUUAUUAUUAUUAUUUUUUUUUUUUUUUCUCGAGUCUAGAUUUGUUCCUCUGUUUCAUCUAAUAAAUAUGUCUGGAAUUCUACGUUCUUGUAAGCAUGCUCUAUUAAAACAAAACUCUCCUUUCUGAUAAAGACGAACUGAUCGUAACGAUAUCGGCUCUGCUGGUAUUUUAUUGUCACGGUGAAAUUUUGUUUUGAUGCCAAAAACGAUUGUGUUGCAUGCUAGCCGAACGGUGUGCACUCUUGAGUUUUUAUUUUUCAAACCAUGCAUUAUCAGAGAACUUGAUAUUUUGCUAAAGUUGUUUGGUAAUUAAAAACUAUUUGGAUUGUUAUUCUACACAACAAGAAUUUGUAUUGUGAGUGUAUGAGUCCAGACACCCCAGGACAAAUACGCUUCUAUUCGCCUUAUUGUCACUCUUGACACUGAUUCAGGAGCGCCAGGAAGCGGUUGUGAUAUUUGUCAUGCCGCGGGACGUUUAAUGAAUCGGAGCCUUCAGUUCGUAAAACUAACGUGAUGUUAAUGUCCGUGAUAACAGCCUGUCAUAGUGAAUAAACUCUUGUUUCAUAUUCGAUAACUGUAAAUAAAGUCUCAAGCAAAGAGCUU